GGAGCAGAAAGGCACCAGAGCAGUGGGUUGGGAUGGGAGGCUGAGCAAGGGAUCUGUCAGUAUGCAGAGCGGAUUUCAGCUUCUCCAGGGAGGCUCGGCUUCCUUCCAAAGAGAGGAUCCCCCCAAGUAGUUCGAUGCCAGCUGCUGGAAGUGGACGGCUGUGCAGAAGGAUGGGUGCUUGGGAGCUUUAAAGCCAAGGAGCAUCGCACACAAUGUUGCACCACCCGGUCCUUUGAGUCAUGUGCCAGGAUGUAUGGCUUCAUAAAUACAUGCCUGAAGUCUCUGGUAGUUGAAAAGUAUGGUGAAGAGAUAUGGGAAAAACUAAGAGUCCAAACUGGCGUAGAGGAUACCUUUUUGACUUUUGAAGUUUAUAGAGAUGAGAUCACAAUGCAGCUCAUUGACAAGGCUUGCAAAAUUCUGGAUGUACCCCCAGAUAUGGUCCUAAAGCAGUUUGGAGAAUAUUUCUUUGAAUUCUGUAAGCGGUCAGGUUAUGACCAUAUGCUGAGAACUCUGGGAGGAAACCUCUAUGAAUUCAUAGAGAAUUUGGAUGCCCUGCAUAGUUAUCUGAGCCUAUCUUACCAGAAAAUGAAUGCCCCUUCAUUUAGGGUGGAAAAGAAUGAAGAUGGAUCAAUGCAUUUGCAUUAUUAUUCAGACAGACGAGGCCUAUGCCAUAUUGUUCCGGGCAUCAUUGGUGCAGCAGCCUUGGAUUUUUUCAACAUUGAAAUUUCCAUGGAAAUAGUAAAUCAAACAGAAGAAGAAGAAAGAACUGGAAAAAAAGAACACAUUGUAUUUCUAGUAACUCAAAAACCUGUCUUUUCAUACAAAAGGAGAAAUAGGUUCUGCACUUCUCCACAAUACCUUUCAAGUUCUGGAACACAGGUGGAGAAACAGCUAAAUAAAGAGGAUCUUGAUAAAGCCAUGAACAAGAUCAGAGAUAAAACAAAUCUCCUUUCUCCUUGUCCUAUGAAGAAAAGUCACUGGGAAACAAUCCGAGGAAUUGUGUCUCUAGGAAAAGGACGACUUCUGAAAUCAUUUGAUCCUGUCUACCCUAAGACUCUCUGGAUAGACCCAAAGACAUUCUGCAAUGGGCUUCCUUUCCAUAUUGUUUUUGAUGAAGAGCUGAAAGUAAAGCAGGCUGGAGUCAGCAUUCAAAAGAUUGUUCCUGGUCUUCAAACUAUGGGCAUUCGCCUUAAUCAGUACUUCAUUAUUGUACGCCCUGAAGUGAAAUUCACCAUCUCCAGUGUUCAGAAAUUUAUCAACAGCCAGUUUGUUUUUCGAACUAAGAGAGAGAUGAUGCCAGAAUCCUGGAAACAGCGUCCAAUGUUAGAGCUGAGAGGACAGAUGAUCUGGAUGGAGUCUGUCCAGUGUAUGCUGUACCUCUGCUCCCCUCUCCUGCGCACAUUGCAUGAGCUGGAAGAACGGCAUAUGCACAUUGCGGACAUUGCUCCCCAUGAUGUCACCAGAGAUUUGAUCCUUCUUAACCAACAGCGUCUGGCUGAGAUGGAGCUGUCCAGUCAACUUGAAAGGAAGAAAGAGGAACUGAGGAUCCUGUCAAAGCAUUUGGAGGAAGAGAAGAAAAAAACAGAAGCCCUUCUCUAUGCCAUGCUCCCUAAGCAUGUGGCCAAUCAGCUCAAAGAAGGGAAACGAGUUGAGGCAGGAGAGUUCAAGGAAUGCACAAUAUUAUUCAGUGAUGUUGUAACUUUCACCAACAUUUGUGCCCAGUGUGAACCUAUUCAAAUAGUUCUUAUGUUAAAUGAGAUGUAUCUACGAUUUGACAGGCUGACCACCGUGCAUGAUGUCUAUAAGGUGGAGACUAUAGGGGAUGCCUACAUGGUGGUUGGGGGUGUUCCUGUGCCUGUAUCAACACAUGCUGAAAGGGUUGCCAACUUUGCUCUGGGAAUGAUCAUAGCAGCCAAAGACAUCAAGAAUCCAGUUUCUGGAAAUCCUAUUCAAAUUAGAGUUGGGAUCCACACUGGACCUGUCCUUGCUGGUGUUGUUGGAGAAAAAAUGCCACGUUAUUGCUUAUUUGGAGACACUGUAAAUAUUGCAUCCCGUAUGGAGAGCCAUGGCGUACCAAGCAAAAUUCACCUGAGUGCCAAUGUUCAUCAGUGCUUAAAGGACAAGAAUUUUGAGAUGAUGGAAAGAGGAGAAAUUGACGUGAAAGGCAAAGGGAAAAUGCAUACAUACUUCCUCAUCCGAAAUACAACUGCAACAGAGAGUGAAAUCAUAGGGAGGCCUGAUCUCAACCAUGAAUCUGCUCAACUGUAUCAAGAAUGCAGAGUUGAAGAAUUUCAAAAGUUUUCACAAGCUGUACAACUAAAUUCAAAUGAAGAAUCAUUUCCUAUCAUAGCAAUGAAAUAUGCAGAUACUUCCACAGAAGCACAAACCAACAUUAAAAGAAAGAAUGAAACGAGAACCAAAGAUUUAGCAGUCAGAGCACAUGAUGGAGAGUCCUAUGUAAGUCUCCAUGGUGACCAGCAGUCGAAUAAAGACCCCCCUCCCCAUCAUAUGCAAGGAAGAAGCAAACCAGCAGCAGAGGCACCGCGGAUCAGGAAUGUCAGAUCCAAUUUCUGCAACGUACUUUAAACAGCUCCUGAAUUUUUCAAGCUGAACAGUGUGAGUGUAUUUUGUGAUGUUGUAUUUUGCUAUUGCUCUCUUGGAGUCUUGACUUUGCAUAAAAGUAGUACAACAUGUGCUCCCAAUAUUGACAUAUUUUGAAAUCACUGGUAGCAAUAAUGAAACAAAGGUUGGCAUUUUUACAACCAGUGUUGACUUAUCUUACCCGUAUGAACAUGACACAUCUAGUGGCGUGAGAUGGAAAGAGGAUUGUCCUCCAUGUGUCUGCAUAUUUAAAUGUGUUUGUUAUCUUAUUCCAAAGUCUGCUACAUUUCAGAAAAGAAUGACUGGAUUCAGGAAUCAGGCUAGUAGUGCACAUGAGCCUGGCUAAGAUUUCUUCAAUAGUACUGCAACAGUUGGCCCCCAGACUUGCUCUGGACAUCUGUUCACAAGCCAAGAACCAUGCCAUCUCCCUUCUUGGCAUUGCUGGCCUCUCCCUGGAGUCGCCACACUGCAGCAGCUUCAUGGACAGGCCUCCCAGUGCACUGCUGCUUCUCCGAAGGGUAGGAUCACCUGUGACCAAAGCGAUAGAACAGAGGGACACCCAAAUUACAUGGUAGAGGCCUCCAAAGACCCUCUGAAGGUGGCUCCAGGGACAGGGGAUGUGCUAGCCAUGCCAAUGUAAUUUUAUCCUUGCCAGCGCAUGCAGACAAUGCUGCACCACAACACUGGGUUUGGCCCAGUGCUUGCAGCCACCUGGCAACCAAUCCAAAGCCACUUCCAGAGCAUAGUGCUAUAGACUGGCCCUGGACUUACUGACCAAUGCAGGCAAGACCUCUGACUCCCCUCCUGUGACCCACUUUUGUGUGAACAUAUUUAGUCCAGAACCCACUUUAUAUUUUUUGCUGUAAUAAUCAGGAGUUAUUCUAGUGCAGUGGUUCCCAACCUUCCUAAUGCCGUGACCCCUUAAUACAGUUCCUCAUGUUGUGGUGAC